UUCCCAGCUUCCACUUCAGACCACGAAAGCAUGGGAAUGUCGCGAGGGGAUUUCUGAGCAAACUUGCGUUAAAGUGCGAUACAAGUGACUCCAAGUCCCCCCAGGUGUUUUUCCACACUUCAGGAGCUCCAGCCGCAGCACCCAGGGCCGAGAGCGGGACGCCGUUCGGGCCGUUUCACCAGCGAGCGAGUCCGGACAAAGGAAGCGAGAGCCGAGCUAACGUUAGCUGCUCCCGGGCUAACUUAGCAUUCCUCCAGCUGCGGCGCGAUGCAGGCCAUAAAGUGUGUUGUUGUCGGGGACGGCGCUGUGGGUAAGACCUGUCUGCUCAUCAGCUACACCACCAAUGCCUUUCCCGGAGAGUACAUCCCCACAGUGUUCGACAACUACUCUGCCAAUGUCAUGGUGGAUGGGAAACCAGUGAACCUGGGCCUGUGGGAUACAGCCGGGCAGGAAGACUACGACAGACUCCGCCCACUUUCCUACCCACAGACGGAUGUGUUCCUCAUCUGCUUUUCACUCGUGAGUCCUGCCUCCUUUGAAAACGUCCGUGCCAAGUGGUACCCCGAGGUGAGACACCAUUGUCCCAACACUCCCAUCAUCCUCGUGGGCACCAAGCUGGAUCUGAGAGACGAUAAGGACACCACCGAGAAGCUGAAGGAGAAGAAACUCUCCCCGAUCACCUACCCCCAAGGGCUGGCGAUGGCCAAAGAGAUUGGUUCUGUCAAGUACCUGGAGUGCUCCGCCUUGACUCAGCGUGGCCUUAAAACAGUUUUCGACGAGGCCAUCCGGGCCGUGUUGUGCCCUCCGCCCGUGAAGAAGAAGGGGAAGAGGUGCACACUCCUCUAAGACUUCCUCCACUGGAGCAUUUACCGGGGAACAUGACCGCUAGUGGAUGAGGGUGGCUAAAGACACAGGAGAAAAAAACACCAGUAUACACACUUUAAAAAAAAAAAACACACACACACGAAACAAAACAAUGUACUUCAGAUUCUGUCCUUCUAUAAGUGUAGCUACAAGUUUUACCAACCGCUUCCUUGAAAAACUCCAUAUAUGGUGAGAUGAAGAGGGAAGGGCUGAGACAGCCGUAGACCCGAGUUCUUUCCUAACAAUGUAUACUGUGUAGACAAGACUCUGAAUUUCUCGAGGCCUUCUUAAAUGGAUUGGAUGUUUUGUAAAGAAAAAAAAAAAAAAACUAGACCGUGGAAUGUCUC